UCAGUCCCUGUUUGGGGGCAUAUAUUCUGUGCACAGCCCACUCCAGUGCCCUUGCCUGGGAAACCCCCUGCAAAGGGGAGCCUGGCAGUCUACCGUCAGUAGGACACGACUGAGUGGCUAGACAUCAACAGUACUCACCGCGUGCCUGCAGCACAGGUCACAGCAUGCAGGCAUGCUUCACUCGGACAGGGAACAAUGGCUUUUUCUUCUUUCUCUUUGUAUUUUCCACCAACUCAGAAUGAUUGAACAUCUCACAGUGGGCCAAAUGCUUUAGAAAAAGCAUUCAUCGAUUCCUUCUACAAGCAAGAGGCACCCACUGUGCCUGGUACACACGAAGCAGGGCAGUGGGGAUACAAAGAGGGAGCUUACACGCCAGUGGCUGAAACAGGUGGUACCCAAGUACAUUUCCAUCCAGGAAGGACGUAAAGCAAGGUGCUAAAAGGCAUAGGGAGAAGGGAGACAGCCCGCAUUAGGCCAGUGGUCAGGGAAGGACUCCAGGGGAGGGGACAUCUAGGCUGAGUCCUGAGUUUAACUGGGCUCAGGACAGCUGCCCCGCUCCCCUGCAUUCGGGCAAGGCUGAGCCGGCGUGUGGCCCUGGCCUUCGUCACCACUGGCCCUGCUGCCCUGGCAACGUGACCUCUGCUGAUAUCCCAGCAGGGGGAUACCACCUUUUCCUUUGGCUAUUGUGUUACUGCUGGGUGUUGCGGGGAAGAAAGGUAUUGAGUACUCCCCCGGAGAUGGCAGCUGCCAAGAAAAGGAAGAGAUUUUUCAUUCUUCCCAUGAGCUAAGCAAGGCGGGCACCACAGCUCUAGGGAGGGUUUGUCCAGUGUCACAGAUAGCACAGGCACACUUCUUGCAAAGGGCCUCCUGCAGGCCACAUUCUACUUGCAUGACCCCCAUCUCGGCCAUUCCCCAUGAUCCUGUGACCUCCUGGCAUCUGUGACCCUCUGCCACCUCCUGGGUCUGGGGAAUCUCUAAACUACCCUCCCCUGACUGCCCAUUUGCCUGCUGGCCUUCCAAAGCUAACCCUAGGGGCAGCCUGCCUGGACCAGGGCUGAGGAGCCAACAGCCUGUCUGGGAUUUCAUUUGGAGGGAGUUUUCACCCUUGUGUCUUCCUUUUAGGGCAAUGUCAGCAAGGUUCUCAGGAACUCUGUAUUAUUCAGGGGCUAAGGGGGCUGGGAUAGCAAGUCAAAAAUAGAAACACUUCCUGGAAGGGAAGGGAGGAGAAGGUUCAGGAUCUUUGUCAUCAACACAGUCAACUUUGUAAAUUGUACCAAAGAUGUUAGACCCAGAAGAGAGGACAACCAGCACAAGUCCCUGCGCCCCACGCCUGCCUUCUCUCCAUCUCCACGCACCAGACACUGCUCCUCAGAGCAACAUUAUACAGCAGGAACCACCCUUUUCAUGCUACUAGUAAAGAAACUGAGGCCCAGAGAGGUUAAGUCACUUAUGCAAUGCCACACAGCAUGUUAGACAAGCAGGAAGAACAAGAACCCAGGACUUCUUGGUCCUAGCUCCUUUGCUUCCCUCACAUGAUCAGAUCCGGGCCCUUUCCGCUGAUAGCCUAGAGGGAAGAAAGCCAAUAUUCCAAGCCUUUGUGCUCUGCAGAUUCAGUAUCGGGUCUCACCCUCCUAGCAGGACAGGUGGCCUCACACCCCGCCACAGGCUAAACUGGGUGAGUGAGGAACACAGCCCUGCCCAGCAUUCUGCAAACACAUGCUGACUGCCUGCCAGUCAGCAGCUUCAAUGAGCUGACUUACCAGUAACUUGCUGGGCAGUGGGUAGAUGGCAGGUGCUGUUCUAGAUACUGGUCUGGACUUCAGAGAACCUGUAGUCUAGGAAUGAGAGACAGACACACCGUCAACUGUAAAGUCCAAUCACACGUGCUGUGGAGCAGGGGGUGUCACUGUGGAACAUCAAGAGGCUGGAAUGACUUAGACUUGGGAGGGGCAAUCAGGCUAUUGCUAGAGGAAACUUGGGCAAAUUAUAUUUAAUCUCUCUCAACCUGUUUCCUCAUCUGUAAAAUGGGUCACUACCUAACAGGGCUUUUGUGGGAUGAGGAACUACAAAUCAAGUCCUUGGCAUGCUACUAGGCACAGAGUAGUAACUUUAUAAAUUUCAACAAAUUUCAUCAACUCAUAUCCUUCUAGUUGGCUCUUUCAACCAGAGUGUAAGUCCCAUGAGGGCAUGGGUGGGGUCUGCUUGUUCCCUGCUGUGCGAUACUGUGCCUAGACUGGCACAUAGUAGGUGCUCAGGAGAUAUUUGUUUAAUAAGUGCAUGGGAAAUGGCCCAGAAGAAUUAAGAAGAGGCAAGAAUAUUCAGUUACCCUUGAACUGGCCUUGCAGCCCUCUUCCCUCCUGGCUCAUGUCCACCUACCUAUACUCACAAAGCACCCUGGCCUUGCCCACUGCCCCCCCACCACCCUGCCCUGCUCAGCUGAGGCCCUCCACUCUGGCUGCCAGGGCACACAUCUGUCUUCUCAUAAGCAGAACCCCAGUCUCGAUGCUUUCCCCAGAGGGUAGAUUUUCUGGUUGUCCCUAAAAUCACUUCCAUUGUAUGAUGAAGGUGCAGCCUGGGGACCGUCCUUUCAGCCCUCCCACUCCUCAGCAUCAAUAUCAGCUUGGAAAAAAUUCAUCUUUCCCAGAAAGAAGGAUGCUCCCAGAUGCCCUGCACAAGGUCACAAUAACACUUUUCUAAACUUGUAGCUGAAUGUCUCCCAUGGAUGAGGGUCCUUGUGAAGAAAUGGAGAGACUUUUGGAAGAGGGGGCUGUGCUGGAAUCUGGGGGCUUGGGGUACAGGUAUGUGUUUGAUGGUGAGGAUAAAUGAAAGCAAUGGUGAUUCAGGCUUCACUGGGCAAUGGUGUAUUUGCUCUGGUUUUUAAAAAUAUAUACAGUUUCAGUUAAGAAUCAUUUAUUCCUUUAACCAUUCUGUCAUUUAGCAGCCAUGCAUGUCUCCUGUGUGCCUGGCCCAGUGCUAAGGGAUAAUGAGGGGCCCAGAUGCACUGCCCGCCCUCCACAAAGGGAUGGUCAGCACUGAACAAGUCAUUUCAAGUGGGUGUGCUUUAUGACAGAGUCUCAGGUCAUAAUGUGGUGGGGCCAAGGGGGCCCUAACCUAUCCAAGAAGAAGCUGCCCCACGAAGCUGAGACCUGAAGGCUGAGGCCAUAUGAAGGAUUUUGCUAGAAUUCACAUGGACCAGGUGUCCCCCACCUGAACGACGAGCCAGGUCCUGAGUGAUGCCCCUGAGCUGAGUGCCCACGGCCCCACCCUUCCCCAUGGAGAAAGGACUCUCUUUGCCCCAGGACUGCCGACAUUUUCUGCACAGCCUGAGAAUGAGGAGCAAAUAUGCCCUUUUCCUGGCUUUUGUGGUGGUGGUUUUUGUCUUCAUUGAAAAGGAAAAUAAAAUCAUAUCAAGGGUCUCAGACAAGCUGAAGCAGAUCCCCCAAUCCCUGGUAGAUGCCAAUAGCACCGACCCAGCCCUGGUCUUGGCCGAGAACGCAUCCCUCCUGUCCCUGAGUGAGCUGGAUUCGGCCUUCCUGCAGCUGCAGAGGCGCCUGCGAAACCUCAGUCUGCAGCUGGGCAUGGAGCCAGCAGAGGAGGCCGAGGAGGAGCAGAUGCUGGAGGCGGAAGAGGAGUGGGAGCAGCUGGAACCCCGCCCACCCGCCGAGGCCCCGCCCCGGCGCCACGUGCUCCUCAUGGCCACAACUCGCACGGGUUCCUCGUUUGUGGGAGAGUUCUUCAAUCAGCAGGGCAAUAUCUUCUACCUCUUCGAGCCGCUGUGGCACAUCGAGCGCACGGUGUCCUUUGAGCAGGGUGGUGCCAACGCCGCGGGCUCGGCCCUGGUCUACCGCGACGUGCUCAAGCAGCUCUUCCUGUGCGACCUCUACAUCCUGGAGCACUUCAUCAUCCCGGCGCCCGAGGACCACCUGACCCAGUUCGUGUUCCGCCGGGGCUCCAGCCGCUCCCUCUGCGAGGACCCCGUCUGCACACCCCUCGUCAAGAAGGUCUUCGAGAAGUAUCCCUGCAAGAACCGCCGCUGUGGCCCUCUCAACAUGACGCUGGCCGCUGAAGCCUGCCGCCGCAAGGAGCACAUGGCCAUCAAGGCAGUCCGCAUCAGGCAACUGGAGUUCCUGCAGCCGCUGGCCGAGGACCCCCGUCUCGACCUGCGCGUCAUCCAGCUGGUGCGCGACCCCCGCGCUGUGCUGGCCUCCCGCAUGGUGGCCUUCGCGGACAAGUACGAGACCUGGAAGAAGUGGCUGGCCAAGGGGCAGGACCAGCUGAGGGAGGAGGAGGUGCUGCGGCUAAAGGGCAACUGUGAGAGCAUCCGCCUAUCCGCCGAGUUGGGCCUGAGACAGCCGGCUUGGCUGCGGGGUCGCUACAUGCUGGUGCGCUACGAGGACGUGGCCCUCCGGCCGCUGCAGAAGGCCCAGGAGAUGUAUCGCUUUGCAGGCAUCCCCCUAACCCCGCAGGUGGAGGACUGGAUCCAGAAGAACACCCAGGCAGCGCACGACGGCAUCUACUCCACGCAGAAGAACUCCUCGGAACAGUUUGAGAAAUGGCGCUUCAGCAUGCCCUUCAAGCUGGCUCAGGUGGUGCAGGCCGCCUGCGGCCCGGCCAUGCGCCUCUUCGGCUACAAGCCGGUGCAGGAUGCCGCCUCGCUUUCCAACCGCUCCGUCAGCCUGCUGGAGGAGCGCGGCACCUUCUGGGUUACGUAGGGGGCCUGGGG